AGCAGCAAAUGAUCGCGCUCGCAGCAGAGUGGAGAUUCUGACGUAGUGGAGGUACGUAGGCCUUCAGCUGUUCUAGCUUUCUUGUUGUAGCUAGCAACAGACGACGACAAUGCCUCCAUUCUAAUCACUGAUUUCAAUGAGUGCCAAACCCCAAACAGCUGAUCCAAUGGAGGAAGAGGUAAUCGACCAUUGGACAAGCCCCAAGAUUGUGCUCAAAUGUGUGGGUCCAAAACUUGUGCCUUUCUUCAAGAGCGUCGCCAUCUACUUCGUGCUGGCCAUUUCACGACAGCCAUCAUGGUUCGGCUGCCUACUCAAGUGCCUCCCCAUAGUCUUCUUGGGUGUCUUUGUCGUCCUGCACGGCAUUUCGCUGGGCGACAAGAAGCACUGCUACUCUCGGCGCAUCCUUUUUGGACUGUGUUUCUCCUGCCUGGGUGAUGCCCUCCUCGUGUGGCCGUCGGGCUUCCUGGCGGGCAUGCUGUCCUUCGGGGUCGCCCACCUCUUCUACAUUUCAGCAUUCAAGAUGGACCCGCUCAACCCGUGGGCUGGCGCCGUGUGCCUCGCCAUAUUGGCGGGAGGAUCGGCACUCCUCAUGCCUGGGUUGUAUGGUGUCUACACUUGGGCAGUGCCGUUCUACGGUUUCCUGCUCAUGUUCAUGGUGUGGCGAGGUGUCUCGAGGGUACGGUUCUUCGAUGACCUCUGGACCUGGACAAAGUUGUGCUCCUGUUUCGGAUGCAUCUUAUUCGCUGCGUCAGACUGCAUCAUCGCCCUCAAGAUGUUCUUCCUGCGUGAAUCUCCUCCAUACACGCAGCAUGUCAUCAUGAUGUUGUAUUACGCAGCACAGCUAGGUGUUGCGCUUUCCGUAGUGGACAGUCGGACCAUGGCCGUCAUCAGCGCGGCCAGCGAGAGCAAGGUGCUGCCCGCGAGGCAACACCCGAGCGGUGGAUCUACGAGCAGUGCAGGCACCAAGCGCGAGAGCCUCGCAAAUGGUGCUCCCCGCAAGCUUGAGUGAACCGAACAGCUGUAUUAUGGAGUGUGAAAUCCUACAUAGAUCACGAUAUAUGUGGAACAACAGAUCGUCCCGUCAUCCUAUUUAGUCAAGUUCGUACCGUUUUACACGUUAAUCGGGAUAGCGUACUAUAAUGUGUACCCCCUUUUUUUCUUUCUUUACACUGGCGGUUUUAGUUAAUAAGCGUUUAUAUACGGACAUAUUAUAUUGGGUCCUCCUCCUGUUGGAGAAAUGUGCUCAAAGAGAGAAAAAUGCUGCUCGAAUCAAAUUUGCUCAGCUUUACUAGGCUUAGGUGUGCACGCUUUGGCGUUUGAGAAAGUGUCUCACUUUUGGCAGUGUACCCGGUUAUCCGGAGAUGCAUACCUACAGACGUGGAUUCUAGUUCUGUAACGAUUAUUCACUGUUCGGAACUGUACUGUUGUGUAGCAACGUCAGAAAUUGGGUUGGUUGGUAAACAACUUAAAAGUGCUAAAAAAAAGUGCUGGGUACAAGAAAGACUGGAGAGUCUGUCACUAGGUACAAUAUAAAUACAUGUUUCAUGGUUGAAGUUUGUUUAAUCCUGUUCUUUCACCCAGCACUGGGGGAGUUUUAACGCUUUUAAGUACUGUUGUGUACUCUAGUGAGCAUGUGCCAUAUCGAUGUUGUUGCUCAGACACAACAAAGUGAGUCAUUUUGGCACAAAACCUUUUAAAUUUUAUUGUAUUGUGCAGUUAGGUGCACUUAAAUUAAAUGCCCCGUAAAAUUGAUCGACGAUUCACUUCCGCUGUGUACACAACUUAGGAGACUCAAACGUCGAAACAAACAGUAUUGGAGUAUGCAGCAAGAAGUGUAUUAUUGAGUGGAAGGUCGGAAGGUACUGAAGUAUUCAGGCAGAGUAACUUCUUCUGAUCCAUGCUUUCUUUUUAUCUUUUUUUAUACAUAUAAUAAAAACACAGAUGUGUUAGCUCAAGAGCAAUGCCAAAGAGCUGAUCUGGUGCGGAAGUAGUCUCUCAAAGGCAGCUGCACUUUCAUCAUCCUAGUGAACAAUGCAACUGUACAUAUACCUUGUAAAUAUGUUCAACCAUAUACAUGGGGGAUGUUUUUCUUGUGGUUACCUAGAGAUUUUAUAUCGUGCUAUUCCUUACAUGGAACAUAAAUCCCGUUCCUGCAUACAGACCAAUUCGUAACGGAAUGACCGCAAAUAUGACAUGCAGUUAGGCAUGUGUCUUCUAAAGUAGCAGUUCCAACUUCUGCUUCCACAAUGAGUAUUAGUGCAGGGAGAUUUUGCCCUACCCGCAACGGUAAAUUGUGUACACAACCGUCAUUCGAAAUGUGGAUUUGUUACAUUUUACCUUAUGUUGUAGCUGAAGUAACUGAAAAGUUGCAAGCAGUUAGAACAGGCAAUGUGCAAAAUUAUAUUUUACAUAUGAGGAAUGUGGCUAACCACUGUCCUGUUUGUAAUUAUGUGUAAAAUGUAGAGAAAAAAAAAAAAGUAGCACAGAGUAGUUCAUAGAUGGCUGACCUAUACUCCAGUCCAGUAUGAGGCAGAAGUGGCAACACUUGAACUGUACUCAAAAUAAACUCCAAUUUUCGUUUUUUACACCUUUUUUUUUCUGUGUGUGUAGUGUCAGUAUUCAUGUCACAAUAUUAUCUCACUGCAGUACCUUUGCAUUAGUUUUUGUGGCGGUACAUACUCUGUUUUGCAAUCACUGCUGGCGUGCGGGACUACGGUUGAGCCUAGCAUUUGUACUGCAGGUUCUCCAGAGUGACAGCUAGAUUGAUCCAAGUGCCACACAAAUUAGCAAUCAAACUGACAAUCCAAUCCAAUCCACUAUCCAUUUGUAAUAGACCUCUCCCUGUUUGUAAUAGACCUCUCCCUGCGCCCGAAAGCCACAAUCUUGAGGGGAUUACGAUGGUCCCUGAAAGGGACGCAACCUUCGGUCCUACUUUUUUUUUUCAAUACGAGGCAGUGAACAAAUGCCCAUUUUUGGAACCCAGCCCUCCCUUUCAGAUUUGUUUCGAUUUCAGUCUGUCUACCAACGUCAUAAUGACUCAGUCAGGCUUUGUAUGUAUGUGUCCCUUCUAUGUUGUUUCAGCCUCAGAACAUCAGUUCUUUCAUGUCAUAAUGACGUUUCUCGGGUACAGGUCUAUUAAAGGACACUUUCUCCUUGUAGUGUUUAGAAUGACACAAAUUAAUUUUGAUGGCACUUGGAUUAAUUCUAGUUGCUUUUGGGUUAAAUUAGAUGACACUUGGAUUAAUGUAUACGACAUCUGGAUUAAUUUAGCUGGCACAUAGGUUAAAAUGAGUGGGAAAAGCUGUGGAUAUCACUCUUCAUGCCAGGGGAAUAAAACCUGAUAUGCCUGCAAAGCCCAGAAAAUACAUUCCUAUUUUGCAGAAGGGGAAAUUAUUGUUGAGUUACAGCAAAUUGCUGAGAUUAGGGUAUUUGGGGAAAUAUGAGAGGCCUCCACACAGGCAUCUGUACAUGUCAAAAUUUUUUUACAGCACCAUGUGACAUACCGUACACGGUACUACGCAGUGCACAACGGUUCUUCAUGCAUGUUGUCCUUUUUUUACCACUAAGCAAGAAUGACUUGGUCUGGAACCAUGUUGGAAGAAAAUGUACUCUUUUGACUCUACCCAUGUGUUUGUGUGCAAGGUAGUUUCUUAUCUGACUAGUCGCAGUAUUCUUGUCAGAGACGGGAUACAGCUUAAGUGCAGAAGACUUGGUGACAACACUCUGUAACACAGCACUGUAAAACUGGUUUGGACCCAUCAGGACACAGUUGCUUGCGAUGUAAAACCACAAACGAAUUGCCAUAGGAUAUCGUCUGCAGUGCGUGCCUAUGCAACAUUUCAGAAGUUUGAAAGGUUUCAAUGUUUGAAAGUUAAGCAAAAUACUGUGCAGUAUCUUCAGUACUCAAUAGUCCCACAUCAUGUUAUUAACUUGAUAUCCGGGAACUAUGGAAAAACAUUUGUUUCAUCAGCACUGAAGUGCUUCCAUCAUUUACGAACCUGCUGGAGAAAAAAACUGCAAAAGUGAAAUAAAACGCUGUUGUCAGUA